GGAUUUAUUUAACUAAUUUCCGCGGGCGUCCCUUCUCGGAGCCCCUGUCCAUCCAUCCCACCCCCGCCGUCAAGCAGCGACUCGCACCCACCAAAGGCGUCGAGAUUGGGCGAAUAGCGAGCAAAUACGUCCGCGUUUCUUUACCCGCUCCCCCGCCGACCUCCCCUCCUCACUCCCCGGCGCUGACAGCGGACAAGGCCGAGGUCGCAACAGAGCAGGCCCUGCCGCCGAGGCUCGACCUGUCCACCCCACCUCCACAUCCUAGCACGCCUCACCAGCAGUCCAGAACCCGGUUCCCCGCCGAACCGACGCUGGACAAGGUCGAGGGCAACAAAGAUAGCAGGGAGCACCGCAUCAUAACCACAACAACAACAGCUGCCAACAUGAACCACCACCAUCACCACACGCAGCAGCAGCAGCAACAGAAAGCCGGCGAGCAGCAGCUCAGUGAGCCGGAGGACAUGGAGAUGGAAGCUGGGGACACAGACGACCCUCCAAGAAUUCCAGCCAACCCGGUAAUCAAUGGUAACGUGGCCAUGGCAGAUGGACACAACGCCACAGAGGAGGACAUGGAGGAUGACACCAGUUGGCGGUCAGAGGCAACUUUUCGGUAUGUGGUGGAGCGCUUCAGUCGCCUGAGUGAGUCGGUGCUAAGCCCGUCUUGCUUUGUCCGGAACCUUCCAUGGAAGAUCAUGGUGAUGCCACGCUUCUAUCCUGACCGGCCACACCAGAAGAGUGUGGGCUUUUUCCUGCAGUGUAAUGCAGAGUCAGACUCAACGUCAUGGUCAUGCCAUGCACAGGCCAUGCUGAAGAUCAUCAACUACAAAGAUGAUGAGAAAUCCUUUAGCCGUAGGAUUAGUCACCUGUUCUUCCACAAAGAAAAUGACUGGGGCUUCUCAAACUUCAUGUCCUGGAGUGAUGUGACUGAUCCAGAGAGGGGCUUCAUUGACGAUGACAAAGUCACCUUUGAAGUCUACGUCCAGGCAGAUGCCCCACAUGGUGUAGCCUGGGACUCUAAGAAACACACUGGCUAUGUUGGACUAAAGAACCAGGGUGCGACCUGCUACAUGAAUAGCCUGCUACAGACGCUGUUUUUCACCAACCAGCUGAGACGGGCGGUGUACAUGAUGCCCACAGAAGGAGAUGAUUCCUCAAAGAGUGUUCCUCUGGCACUACAGAGGGUUUUUUAUGAGCUGCAACACAGCGACAAACCUGUUGGCACCAAGAAACUUACAAAGUCUUUUGGGUGGGAAACACUAGAUAGCUUCAUGCAGCAUGAUGUACAAGAGCUGUGCAGAGUGCUACUUGACAAUGUGGAGAACAAAAUGAAAGGCACUUGUGUUGAGGGAACCAUCCCAAAGCUCUUCAGAGGAAAGAUGGUGUCAUAUAUCCAGUGUAAGCAUGUGGACUACCGAUCAGAGCGAAUAGAGGACUACUAUGACAUCCAGCUUAGCAUAAAAGGAAAGAAGAACAUAUUCGAAUCUUUCAAAGAUUACGUUGCAACCGAACAGUUAGACGGCGACAAUAAAUACGACGCAGGAGAGCAUGGCCUGCAGGAAGCAGAAAAGGGAGUGAAGUUUCUUACCUUUCCUCCAAUCCUUCAUCUGCAGUUAAUGAGGUUCAUGUAUGACCCACAGACUGAUCAGAACAUCAAGAUUAAUGACAGAUUUGAGUUUCCAGAUCAGUUACCUCUGGAUGAGUUUCUUCAGAAGCCAGACUCUAAGGACCCAGCCAACUACAUCCUGCAUGCAGUGUUGGUACACAGCGGGGACAACCAUGGCGGUCACUACGUCGUCUAUCUUAAUCCUAAAGGAGACGGCAAAGUGAGUGUCAAGGAACCAAUAUGGUGUAAGUUUGAUGAUGACGUGGUGUCACGAUGCACUAAGGAGGAAGCCAUAGAGCACAACUAUGGUGGACAUGAUGACGACCUGUCAGUACGCCAUUGCACUAACGCCUAUAUGUUGGUCUACAUCCGCGAGUCCAAGCUCAGUGAGGUGCUCCAACCUAUGACUGAUGUGGACAUCCCUCAGCAGCUGGUGGAACGUCUGCAAGAAGAGAAAAGGGUGGAGGCCCAGAAGAGGAAGGAGCGCCAAGAGGCUCACCUCUACAUGCAAGUCCAGAUGGUAACAGAAGACCAGUUUUGUGGUCAUCAGGGCAAUGACAUGUAUGAUGAGGAGAAAGUGAAGUACACAGUCUUCAAGGUCUUGAAGAGCUCCACUCUGCAAGAAUUUGUCCAGAACCUCUCACAGACCAUGGGUUUCCCACAGGAUCAGAUGAGGCUUUGGCCCAUGCAGGCCCGGAGCAAUGGAACCAAGCGACCCGCCAUGCUUGAUUAUGAGGCUGACUGCAACAAGUCGAUGAUCGACUUGAGUGACAACGAGAACCCCUGGACAAUAUUCCUGGAGACGGUGGAUCCAGAGAUGGCAUCCAGCGGGGCCACAUUACCUAAGUUUGACAAGGAUCAUGAUGUCAUGUUGUUCUUGAAGAUGUAUGACCCAAAAACCAGAAGCUUAAAUUAUUGUGGACAUAUCUAUACACCUAUAUCCUGCAAAAUAAGAGAUCUGCUACCAGUCAUGUGUGAGAGAGCAGGGUUUCAGCAGGAAACUAGCCUUAUCCUCUAUGAGGAAGUAAAGCCCAAUCUAACAGAGCGGAUACAGGACUAUGAUGUCUCGCUGGACAAGGCCCUGGAUGAGCUCAUGGAUGGGGACAUCAUUGUCUUCCAGAAGGACGACCCAGAGAACGACAGCAGUGAGCUGCCUACAGCUAAGGACUAUUUCCGAGAUCUCUACCACCGGGUGGAUGUCAUUUUCUGUGACAAGACCAUCCAUAACGACCCCGGCUUUGUGGUCACGCUUUCCAACCGCAUGAACUAUUUUCAGGUGGCAAAGACAGUGGCACAGAGGUUGAACACGGACCCCAUGCUGCUGCAGUUCUUCAAGUCACAGGGGUACAGGGACGGUCCAGGGAAUCCUCUCAGACACAACUAUGAGGGAACGCUCCGGGACCUUCUGCAAUUCUUCAAGCCUCGUCAGCCCAAGAAACUGUACUACCAGCAGUUAAAAAUGAAGAUAACAGACUUUGAGAACAGGAGGAGUUUUAAAUCCAUAUGGCUCAACAGCCAAUUUAGAGAGGAGGAGAUCACCCUUUAUCCUGACAAGCAUGGCUGUGUGAGGGACCUUUUAGAAGAAUGUAAAAAGGCAGUGGAGCUCUCUGAGAAAGGCUCCGAGAAGCUCAGGCUAUUGGAGAUAGUAAGCUAUAAAAUCAUUGGGGUUCACCAGGAGGACGAGCUGCUAGAAUGUUUAUCUCCUGCUGCCAGUCGCACCUUCAGAAUAGAGGAGAUUCCUUUGGACCAAGUGGACUUGGACAAAGACACUGAAAUGCUAAUCCCAGUUGCUCACUUUCACAAAGAAGUGUUUGGCACCUUUGGGAUCCCCUUUUUGCUCAAGAUCAGACAGGGUGAGUCAUUUCGAGAGGUGAUGAGGAGGAUCCAGACCAUGCUGGACAUACAGGAGAAAGAAUUUGAGAAGUUCAAGUUUGCAAUUGUGAUGAUGGGCCGGCAUCAGUAUAUCACUGAAGAUGAAUAUGAGGUCAACCUGAAGGACUUUGAACCACAGCCAGGUAACAUGUCCCACCCGCGCCCCUGGCUAGGGUUGGAUCAUUUCAAUAAAGCUCCAAAGAGAGGUCGCUACACCUACCUGGAGAAAGCAAUCAAGAUCCACAACUAAAGCAGCACGCCCUUCCUCUCUGUCCUCAUCCUCCUCCUCCUCCUGCCUUCCUCCCUACCUACCUACGUUAACACACCAUAACCACAGACUGUAACCAACCUUGUGUGUGAGUGUGUUUGUGUGAGAGCGUGUGUGGGUGUGUGCUAGUACGUGCGACUUCCUCACUUUUAACACCCUGCCUGGACACCUACAGCUCUACACCGGCACUAUGUCUUCAGCGAUACAGAUGUUGCUGCAGCUGAUGGAUUAUUCUUCAACCACAAAAUAAACUGCACCAACCACCUUUUUUGUUUCUUUUUUUUUUUUUUUACCUUCUCCCUCUUUACUUGAGGCCGUUUUGGGGGAUUUUAAUAUAAGUGGAGACCAUACUGACAACUUCCUCUCCACUAUAGACCUACACUUAAUUUUCUUUUCCCACCUGUUUUUAAAUUAGUUGUUUGAAGAGGCUUUAUGCUGCUGUGUGGAGGGAAGUUGCAGGACUAGCAGGCUGAUGAGAAGAGGGAGAGGGGUGCAUUUUUUUAUUUUUUUCUGAAAACGGCUGCCAUCUGAAGUCAACCCGAGGCUCAGUAGUUGCCCUGAUGUGUGUAUUUUUUCUGCUCCCAUCCAUUAGUGCAACUAAAACAAGUAUUUCCAAGUUUACACUAUACUUUUACUUAGUUUGGCUGAUGGAAAAAUGAAUUAAUUUUUGUCUCUUUCUGCAGAUCUUGUAUAAUAAAACUCUACAGCAUCUGGUUAAAAAUAAAUGAAAACAUUGAGGAACUUUGUCUGUAUUUCAUCUUGCACGUUGGCACUUAAUGUCAGAGGUUUCUUAGCUCAGGACUUGGAAAUUGUAUGUUGUGGUUUUGAGUUGCUCGGAGACUUAGAAGGGUCACACAUCCACGACAUUGCCCCCUCUGGUUUUUAUUUCCGUCUUGCUCGUUGGUUCAUUCCUCCUGGAAACGCAAACGCGCAGCGCUUGGUCCUCUCCCUCAGAUCGCUCUCGAAGCCGUUGCCUCCAGGUGGUUGGGAGCAGUAACUGUGCUGUGCUUGGUAGGGAGCUGCAGACACUUAGAGCCCGCAGGCUUGAGGAUUGUGUAAAGACAAAACCAGCAUUGUAAGAAACACUUUAAGCCCCAUGAAUUUACUUUUGUUUGUUUUCUUUUAAAGCACAGAUGGAAUGCUCCCCUCAUAGUGCAUAGCUGGCUCUGUAAAGACAACAUUUAAGAAUUGUAUAUUUAAAAUAUGACCGUGUAAAAUUUAAGAGAAACACGCCUUUGUUGUCAGGUACAGAAGGAGCCAGGUGUUCAUAUUUCUUGUGUGUAGGUUUUAUUUUCUUCUUUUGCGUUCCUGAUGUACCAUUGAUGAUUCUUUUUUUCCCUGUUACAUUUGGAUUUUUUUUCUGUUCAAAACUAAUUGCAUUGGUUUUGUCUUGUUAAAACGUGCAGUACAAAGAUGACCUGCAGAAUCACACCUUAAUUUGAUCUUUUCCAGUUUAAAAUCCUCAGUGUAGCAGCAGUGUACGACAACUAUUCCUGUAUAUUGCCUUUUUGCUGGAAAAUGUAUGUUGAAUAAAAUUUUCUAUAAAAACAAAA